GGUAAAAACAAAAUUAAUAUAUUCAAGAUCGUUCCAUCGAAACAUACGUGAGGUUGCGUUGUUGUUGUUGUCUGCAUUGGCGCUCGUAAUCAGUGACAAAAUCAUCUGAAAAUGACCGAGUAAGGAUAUGGAUCCGAACUACUUUCGUCAAAAUACGAUAUUUUAAGGUACAAUAAAAGUAAAGUUCGCGGGUUAAUUUUGAGAAGGGCUUCAGACUCGCACUCUGUACACAGUGCCGACCGGAAAGGAUUGGCAAAACCCGAAGAUUGACGAUUGGGAUUGCAACUGCGUAGUCCGAGAACUUUUUCUUUCACACGUGCUCAUUAAAUUGUCAGUUUGUGCGAUGGGUUUUUACUAGUUGUAGGCAUGUCGAAAGGGAAAAUUACGGACUUUUUUCGGUCAAAAGAAAUAACAAAUCCCAGUAGCAGCAGUAGCCAUGUCGAUGUCAGCAGCGAGAGUGACGGCGAUGAAGAAAUUGUAGGCGACCCACGAGACAGGAGUCCCAUUAAGCGCGCGACAGGCACGGCGAGUCCCAGCCCACAGACCAGUACUAGUAGGCCUACUGCCAGCGCCAGUGGGCCGAGCUGGAGUGUCAGUGGUGAACGCCGCGAGACGAACGCUGCCCCAGAACAAAGUGGUCGUGUUCGGAAAUUUCCAAAUUCCUGGCUCGACCAAUUCCCAUGGCUGGAAUAUGAUGAAGUUGAGAAUGUUAUGGUGUGCAAAGACUGUAGAGAAUUCGGAGUAGAAGGUUCGUGGUCAACCGGAAAUAACAAUUUCAGAUUAAAGACCGUAAAGGAGCAUGUUGCUUCAGAUGCUCACAAAACCGCAGCUGCUGGAAGUCAGCCUGGACAGGUUUCUCUUAAUACCCAGUGGCGGAAGGAAAGGGAGGAAAGGAGAAAAGCAAUAGUGACUGCGCUUAAAACAGCUUACUGGCUUGCUACAGAAGAAAUGCCCAACAGGAAGUAUGGCAGCCUGAUCAACUUUUUGCAGGAGUUAAACUUGAAGGAGGCUAAAUUCUUGAACAGGGGAAAAAAUGCAAAGUACACAAGCCCAGAUGUGUACAAUCAGUUGACUGAAUGUUUGAGCAAGGUCAUUUGGAGGCAGCUCAAGUCCGGGAUCCGUCAGUCCCCAACUAUUGGUAUUGGGAUUGAUGAAAGUACAGACAGGGCACAGGAAAAACAUGUCGCAGUCAUUGUCAGGCAUAUUACUAAGGAGGGCCGUGUCACAACAGACUUUUUGUCACUUGAAAGAAUUGAGGACGGUACGGCUGUUGCCAGUUUUGAGGCACUGAAUAUUGUGGCGAAGAAACUGGAUGUUCCGUGGAAAAAGGUUAUGGGCCUUGGCGCUGAUGGGGCGUCUGUCAUGUCUGGGGAAAGGAAUGGUCUGCGAAGUCUGGUGGAAAAAGAAAACCCCCACUGUACGUAUGUGCAUUGUGUCUGUCACAGGCUCAACUUGGCAGUAUCACAGGCCUGUAAAACUUUUCCAGAAAUGGAAACAGUCAACAAAAUACUGUCAGCUGUGUACAGCUAUAUAAACCAAUCCCCAAAGAAACACCAGGAGUUUAAAGAAAUCGCAAUACUCCUAGAGGCAGACAGUGUAAAAUUUAAGAGGGUGUUUGAGAUAAGAUGGCUGUCCAUGGGGGAAUCGGUUCUGGCUCUUAUCAAAAAUUAUGAACCAUUGACAGUCUUUCUUAGCCAGGAGGCAGACAGGGGUGACCCAGUGGCAGUGGGUUUACUGCAGCAGCUGACUUCCUUCCUCUACCUCGGCCUUCUGUUCCUGACUGCUGACAUUUUAGCAGCCAUCCACCACCUCAGCAAACUGUUCCAGUUCCGCGACGUCAGCUUCAGUGCUAUCCAGGGCUCACUGAAGGACUGUAGAGACACCCUUCAGGCAAUGCAAACACAGGAUGGUCCACAUCUAGGAGCAAUGAUGGCACAACUUCAGGCAGGUGAUCCAGAAGUCUUCAGGGGCCAGCGCAUCAGAAUGCUACCUACAGGACGAGGGCAGCAUCAACCUCUGACAGAGCGUUUCCAAGAAGUGCGACGGGAUUUCAUCCAAGAAAUACUGGAUAAUCUUGAGAGUCGUUUUCCACAAGUCACCCUCUUGAAUGCCAUGCAGGUAUUUGAUCCCAUGGCCUAUCCUCAAAAUCCAGAAGACCUAUUUCACUGGGGCAACAGCCAUCUCAACACACUGUUGGAGUUCUAUGGAGAAUCUAAGGAAAAUGCUGAUGGUGUUCGUUUUGACAGGAUCGUUGAUCCAGAUGUUGCAAGAGGAGAGUUCUUGCCCUUCAAGCGAGUGCUUCAUAGAAAUAGGAGUGACGAGGGUGCAGCGACACCUAGAUUUCUGAGACCCAUUGAACUCUUUGAAAAGAUCUUUGAUGCCAGGGACAGAUUAGGCAACAGGCAGAUAUUUCCAGAACUGUUCAAGUUAAUGUCUGCCAGUGUGACAGUGAUGGUUGGGAAUGCAGAGGCUGAAAGGGUGUUUUCUGCCCAGAAUCGCAUCAAAUCCAAACUUCGCGCGGGGUUGACGGUGGAGCACCUGGAUCACCUGAUCAGGAUCAGCUACGGCAAACGGCCAGCUUGUCAGUUCCCCUUUGAGGAGGCAGCAGAUUUGUUUUUUGAACAAAACAGAAGGAUUUAAGACAUUCAAAGAAGUUCAAUCACUGUUUAUGAAAUGUGUUUACAAACCUUACACGUACUGCCUUAGCUAUAACCAGCUUAUUUUGUGAUGACCAGUUGGCCAAAAAAAAAGUUUUUUUUUGUUUCAAAGUGUAUUAACAUUAUAUGUAUGUAUACUAGAUUGUGAAUAUUUUUCUAACAUGUAAGUUUUCAAAGUGUAUUCAUAUAUGUAUUCAGAUGACAGAAAUGAUGUUUGACAUGCACUACUGUGUCACUGUGCCAAAAGUUAAUUUCGCGACAUAGAUAUGUGACUGAUAGUACAUGUAAUUGAAUUGUGUUUUGUUUCUUGUAUUUUACAAAGUUUAUUUCUACCUACUGUGACUUAGCUGCUCAAAUCGUAUGGUGAUUGGUGACACUACUCUGUCACUCACUAAAAAGUCACAGAUUCAGUGGUGAUAAUUUUGCCUGUUCUCAGUCUCAGUUGUAAGAGCUAUGUAUACUGUAUUCUGAUUUGGUUCCGUUGCAUUUUAAUGUGAAGUAGUGUAACUGUGAGUGACAUGCACCUGCUGUGCCAAAUUACCAUGCAUUUUGAUUGUUUUCCUUUUAUAUGUAUUUUUGUGUAUUUUAUUAUUCACAGUUUAUUUAUUUCUACUUCCUGAUUCACAGCAUUCACACUUGAACUGUCAGAACUGCUGUGCCAAAUUGCCAUUGUUUUCCUUGCAUCUGUAUUGAAUUGUGUAUUUUACAGUUCAAUCGUUUUUCUACCUCCUGUUUCACACUUGGUUGUCCAAAGUAUAACAGAUUGUAACCUUACAUAGUUUAAAAUAAAAUUUAUGUACUCUUUUUAGUGAUUCGCACUCAGUGUCAGUCAUUGGUGGGAAAAGUGUGAUAUAUUGGGUGCCCCUAAAAACUGUCAAUUUCUUGGUUCUAAUAGUAAUACAUUAUUUCCAGUGAUAUAAUGGCAAUUAAAGCUAUUAAAAGGUCUUGAUUUUCAAUGAUACAGUGGCGAUAAAAUGUCUCCCGCGGCAGACCCCCUGCUUAUUUACGGGGGCCUCAAACGGCAGCCCCCAAACCCCUUGCCUUUUGGACGCCCUACUGUCAGAUCCUGGCUAAU